UUUAAAUUAAACUUCAUAUUCAAACGGCGUUAUGUGUUCUUGAUCAUUAUUUUUUUCUUAUUUUUGUAAAAGUAUAAAGUAAUCGCAAAUAAUAUUCUUAUAAAAAUGCCGACCGUGUAUACAUUCAGCCGCAGUGAUAAUGAUAUCCUACAGGAACUCCUUCGAGUGUUCAGUUCAGGAAGGGGUACAGCAAAGGAACAAUGGACUUUACAAGCUGAAGUUCUCGUAGAGCCCGUCGGCUGGGAUGCAUUGUGGAAAUUGUCCAAAGAAUUUUGUAAAAAAUUUGAAGUAAGAUUUCCAUGCAUUGCAUGUGUUACGGUCACAUCUGUUGACUUUGAGGAGCUUUCUGCUCAUGUGGAGGUAUUAAGUGUUCAGCAUGAAGCUGUGUCAUUACCCGAGACUGUGAUGGAUGUCCCACUUAUAGAACUCUGGCCAACGGUGAAGCAGCGUGAGCAAUGUGUAAAUGCUUCUAGCACAGCUGAAUUUAUAGAUUUGAUGAGAUUUUUUUAUCAAAACAUUUGGAUGCCAUGGGAUGACCAGGACGAUAAAGUACUCCUUCCGAAUACAAUAGAAGACAGGAUGAACCUUUGGAUGGAACUUCACAAUGGCUCUAUACCAAACUGUAUAUCUCGUUCUAUAAUGCUGUUACGUAAUAGUGCUAUCAAUGCUCAUGAGAAAUUAAGAGAACUUGAUUCUUCAUUAUGUGACGGGGAUAUUGCUGAUGAAGAUGAUUCCCUUCUACCACCGAAUUACAUAUCUCUGUGUGCAGAGAUGAAUGCAAGACUAGACGGACUUAUGUCUAAAUGGACUCUAUAUGAAAACCCUUUAAUAAGAGAACAGUAUCUUGCAAAAGCAAAAAGUAAAUGGCAAAAACAUAAGAGUAAAAAGAAUGUUGUGGCUUUAUGGCGUGGCGGUAAUGUAUCAGACUUUGAAAACAUCUCAAAAUUUCUAUGUUCCCAACUCACAAAUGAACACAAUCUCACUGUAAUGGUAUCUGCAGAGGAAGGUUUGUCGUUGGAACCAGAAGAAGUUGUAAUAUGCGAUAAGGAAUAUGAAGUUCCAGAAAUGCCUUUGUCUCAAAUAUCAUUUUGCAGUUUUAAUGGAGCAACACUCAAAGCAAUGGACAUGCGCUCCUGCUUACUCAUGCUGAGCGAAGAUUGCAGAAUACGAGACUUAACAUUACACUGUGCACUUGUGAACACCGUUAUAGUCAUGAGAGCGGGCUCUCUGCAUGUCAAGAAUUGUUUGUUAAUCGACGACUCCAAGAGUUUUCAGAGUGAUUUUGCACAGGGAAUUGUUGCAAUGUCCGGAGCAAAUAUAGUUUUAGAAGAUUGCACAUUUGAAAAUUUCUAUUCUGGAAUAGUUGUACAUAAAGGAGCUAAGGUUGAGCUCCGGAACUGCUUGAUAAGGAAAUGCGGCGUCGGCAUUCAGAUGUACUCCGGUUGUCAUGUCAAGUUGGAUGGAACCAUCGUGUCCGACUGCUCAGAGCAGAGUGUACGGUGUGAAUUGAACAUUGACGGGGACUCGAAACGUACGGAUAUGGAUGGUCUGCAGAUAACAUCAAAUUGCAAAAUCGGAACAGGCAACUUGCAGAAGGAAGUUCUGGUCGUGCAGCAAGAUGUCAACUUAGUUUAGAUAUAUUCAUUAUUAUUGCAAAGAAAAUUUGUUAUUAAAGAAACUCUUUUAGUUAUUUGUUAUAUCACACAAAAGAAUUAAUGUACUAAACAGUUUUGUUCUAACCUCGCUUCACUAGGCGUACAAUAUAUUUGAAUGGAAAAAGUUUUAAUAUUAUGUUGUUUUUAAAAUGUUACAUUACGUGCAAAAUAAGAUUGACGGGCUGAAGUUACGUGCGUCGAAGUACGGGCACAAGUUAAAUAACGAUUAUCGACUUGUGUUUAAUGGAGUAAAAGUUGUUCUCUUGUGCAAGUACUUACCCUGGCUCACUAACCAUUUUAACACGGACAUAAAAUUAUUUCUUUUUGGCAGGAGAAUAACUGGGUGAUUGGCUAAUCGGUUAAAUUUUUUCAAGAAUGUAUUCGGACCACAGUGUUUAUGGAGUCUUAUGUCAAUGUAUGUUAAGAUAAAUUUUGUGUUUUAAUUCAAGGGAUUUCCGACUUUAUUUAAUAUAAUAUAAUGUCCAUUAUACCAUUUUAUUUGAGAGCUUUAAUUUAUUUUAGUUCACUGUUGUAUGAAAGCCAUAUUUUUAAUUAAAAUAUUAUAAUAUUUUAAAGUUUUUAGUGCUAAGUUGGAUUUGAAAUGU